GUAAUCCUAAAUGCACUGUAGGUUGUGGAGAGUGGAAGCCUCCAAUGAUUGAUAACCCUGAGUAUAAAGGGAAAUGGAAGCAUCCCAUGAUUAAUAAUCCAAAUUAUAAGAAGGGCAAGUGGGAGCCUCGUAAAAUACCAAAUCCACACUAUUUUGAGGAUUUGGAACCCUACAAAAUGGCAGCAAUAGAAGCUGUAGGGUUUGAACUGUGGUCAAUAACUGAUAACAUCAUGUUUGAUAAUGUUAUAAUCACUGAUGAUCCAGUGGUAGCAGAGCAGUGGGCGGAAGACACGUGGGCAUUGAAAAAGGAAAUUGCUGAUCGAGAAACGGACAAUAUAUUAGUUCGCCUUGUGAAAUACUCCAACAAGCAGCCUUUACUGUGGAUAGUGUAUGCUCUAGUUAUUGGUAUUCCUGUCAUCCUCUUUAUUGGUUUCUGUUGUACAACCUCCCCAACCAACAAGAGAAAGGAAGAAGAACGGAGAGCCAGAGCAAAAAAAACUGAUGAGCUUCUUCCAGAUGAUAAUAUUGUAAAACCAAAAGCCCAUGUGGGAAGCCCUCAGAUGAAGGUUUAUAGUAAAAAGACCAAGAAGGAUGAAGAUCAGCCAAGUCAGAAGAAAAAAGAAAGUAGUCAACAGGAAGAAGAUGAAGGAAAGGAACAAAAAACUGAAGAGGCAGAGCUAGGCAAGGCAGAAGAAGAGAAUAUUGAUGGGCUAGGAGCUGGUGAUGUAAGACUGUCACCAAGACGCAGAAGAACUCGACGAGAAUAAACAGUAGUUACUUAAAGGAAGAGGAUACUGUUGCUGGAUUUGGUUCAGGAAAACAAGUGCCUAGUCACAUAGUAAUUGCAAAGAAAUGCUGGUAUAUGGGAAGCUUGAAACAUGAUGGAGAACCUGUCUUAGUCAUUGUUACAUAUUAAUUUAUUUUAAAUGUUUUUUAUUAUAUUUAAGAUGUAAUGGUGUUCACAAGAUGUAACUACUUUUUUCAGUGUUUUUUAGAAUGUACAUUGUUUUAAUGCAUGCAAAAACAUCAAACCUGUAACUGAUAUCUUCUACUUUCACUUGAAUUAGAUGGUAAUUGUUUAAGUACAUGCUAGAUCAGUGGUUCUCAAAGUAUGCAAUGCACCUCCCUAGCUGCUGUGUGGCAGUUUUUUUGUUUUGUUUUUUAAAGAGAAUUUUAGUGAUUAAAAAAAGUUGUUAGACAAAUAACUCAAACAAAAAAUAUUGCUAAUAACUUGUUUAUUUUGCCAGGUGACAUUCCAUAGUAACCAUGAUAGGUCAGACUUAUGCUGUGUGGGUUUCCCAUGCAAUCUAUCAAACUGUAAACUAUAGGCAUACACAACUGUUUUUCCUUACCAGAGGAAGGUUCACUAUGACAAAUUUUGAGAACCACUGCAUUAGAACAGCCUGCUUAAAUUGUUAUUCUUAUUUCAUAUUGCAAUUUAGAAACAAUUUUGAAAAUUAAGGAGAUUUUUCACCAGAUUAUGUAGUUAAAUGAUUUGCUUGUAAUAUCUGUGCUUGUAACUCCAGGGAUUUUUAUUGCUUUUAACAAUUCAAAGUGUGCUACAGACAAUUCGGGGAAUUUGUAAAAUAUUUAUACAGCUUUUUAAAUUUCAUUAAAGAGGAUUAUUAUAAAGCUCAAUUAUAGCAUGCAAAAUACUUAGUUACAGAGGUAUUUACUAAGUGUUCCUUUUUUUUAAUGUAUUAUUUAUUCAAAUUGAAAAUAUACCCUGUCAUAAGUUUAAGUUAUCAAACUGAACUUUACAACUAUUUUUAUUAGUUUGAGUAUCUAAUAUUUAUUGCACAAAAUCUAAUGUUGCUCAGUCUAAUUAGAUUAGAGAAUGUGGCAGGAAUAGUUGGAUAUUUUAUUUUUUGAGUUUGCAUGUAAGUAGUGUUUAUAUACUUAUAACUGAAGUUUGUUUCACAAUUUGUCAUUGCUACAUAGUCAAGUUUAGCAUCAAUAAUUUCAGUCAGCUUUUGUAGUAAUUUAUAGCUGUAUCACUUAUUUUGGAGAUUGUUUAGCUGGCAUUUAGUCAAUAAAAAAGUCAAAAUUCUAAUUA